CGCUUUUCCGCACCAACCACACCAGUGGCAGUUGCCAAGAACGAAAACCGGAUCUUGGGAAAAGCAAGCCAGUAUGUUUGGUGGCAAUUCCAUGACUUGGUAUGUCAUAUGUGGUAAAUCGUCUCGGGAUAUCCUCUAUGUGGCUUAUCAGAACAGCUGCCCAGGGCUCUCCAGGCUCGAAUUUUAUGUGUCUACAACAUACUCGUCCUCCUCGUUUUGCAAGAUGUGAGUGAAUGCCGUUGGGGGGUCUUUCUGUGACGAUGAUGCUUGAUGAUGGUCAUGGGGAUCGAGCCAUCGUUAAGUGCGGUUGCGGGAUCAUUCAGACUCAGAGGAUCGGGGUGGCAAACUUUUGAUAGUCCUCUUGAUCAGCUUAUAAAUCUUUACCAUCAUCAUCUCUCUCCUUCUCUCUUUGUUCUUCUUCUCGUCUCAGCAUUCGGUCAACCCCCAAAAAUUGACAAUCAACAAAAUAGGAUUGUCUUAUCUUUUCUUUCUUUCCGCUUCUCUGCCACCUAUACAAUAUACUAUUGUGCUCAUCAUCCCAGCUUCUUACUGUCGAAUUUUUUUGUCUGAUUCUUUGUUCAACAUCGCACAUUGCUUCACCGAACCGAUUUCGUUUCCCACUUCUCACGAUGAGUGCUUCAUCAGAUGUUGUCCAUGAUCAAGUUUCAGUGUUGUCGAGGGGGCUAGAUCACCUUGGUACCGGACCCGUUACACACUCUCCAAAGCAAGAAGCACCACCCGUAUCAACUGAUGGUAAUUCUGGCGAAGCUGAAAGCUUUGAGUUCGAAGUACUUACGCCCUAUGACCAAGAGUCUGGAGUUCUAGAAUCGUUGGAUGUUGGAGGCUCCGCCGAAGUGUUUCCUUCGUCAGCGCAUGUGGGCCAUGGGGCAUCUAUUAUGGCUCAGAAUACGAUGGUUGAUUUUAGUCGAUUGCGUCGACACGGGGCCGCACUUCGUCAAGAUUGCAAUCGCCGGUUAGCCGAGAGCAUAGAGCCUUUGAUUGCGGAUGAUUCUGUGGCUACAAGCAGAUUAGUGAUGACCAAGACGCACUGCUUGUACCCCAAGAAAUCAACUUUGAUACCGUUUCCCAGUUGCUUGAUAGGGUUUCGACUUAUUCUCCAUCCAUGUGAUCCCAAAGCAAGAAUUAAACACGUCAAAAUCGAAUUAACCUUAAAUUCAAAAGAGGCAGAGCCCACCGGUUCCCUAAUCGCGAUCAAAUCAAUUUAUCCGCCUGAUGGUGAAAUACAGGAAACUGGCGAAAGAACAUUGGUUCAUGCCAUGCGGGAAAAUUCAGCUGGAAUUAGCGUAGGAGUAGACCCGUAUGGCACUGCGACACUCAAACAUGUCCAAUCCAUUGGACACAACAGUUACACGGUCCCAUAUGUUCUCAGCUCCGGGGUCGAUACCAACAUUCUUCUGAUUACCAUGGAGGAAGAUAGUUCCUUGAAGGCGGGAGUAGCUCCGUCUUUAUACUUCGCUGCCCUACUUGAGCUGCCGACCGAUACUAAAAAAUCUUUCCACGCUCACAUGAAGGUCGUUUCAAAGUCUCAUAAACAUUUCGCAUCAAAAGCGUGGCCUAGCCCAAUGGCAUGGAGUUUUGAGUAUGAUGGUCAAACUGAAUUUGGGAAAUUCGGAACACAUUGGCUUUUUCAAACCGGUUUCUUUUUCUUCUUUUUGUGUUCUUUGAUUUUAUUGAUCACAGCUAAAUAUUUUUUCUGA